AUGGAGCGUUGCCAUCAGCGGCAGAGGACGGAAUCGAUAAUGGUGACGUAUCAGCGAAUCCCCAUCGCAACUUUCCCGCAUAUUAGGCCCGUGUCGGUUCGGCCCCACCGCUAUCCAUUACCUAUCUCGCAAACUCCCGUAUUCCGUAAGUCUAAAAUCGUGUCGGAACCGGUUCGAACCGCACCGAGCCGGAAUAAUCCGCUCCACCUGAUCCGGUGCGAGAGGCGGGGACUUGUGGUGCCGACGGUACCUCGCGUCGUGCCGGCCAAGUUUAGCGCAACUAUUGUUUCGAAGUUGCCUCUCCUCCGUAGACAAUGCGUUGUUUAUCCUGAUGCAGAGGUU